UGGAGCGGUAGCCACAUUCGCUAUGGGCAGGCGUUCCGUCUGCGUCACCUGUCCACCGGUCACUACCUGGCGCUGACCGAAGAGCAUGGUCUGGUCCUGCAGGAGAGAGAGAAGUCCGAUACCAAGUCCACCGCUUUCUGCUUCAGGGCUACCAAGGUUUGUUCCAACAAAUAUCAACACUUUCAAGUCUGUUAAUACGUUCUUUGUCUUUCCAAGUAAACUUUUUUUUUUACAUUUCCUCACAAGAAGGUGCAUUGGAGUAUGUUGGGGUAAAACUAGGCCUGUGGCAGCACCAGUAUUGCAAUAUUUGUUUCCAUGGCAAAAAAUGAAAACAGGAAGCAGACCGAACUAUUUGGUCCUUUAAAAACCUGCUGUAUGUGGCCUAUUGUGUGCUAUAGCUUAGAAAAUAAAUAAAUGUGACUCUGGAUGACAACUUAAUGAUGUUUGUUUCCAACAUUAGGGCUGUUUUCCUAAAGGAGUUAAAUCUGCUUGAUCCCGGCCCUAGGUAAAACCAUGGCAUUUUAUAGAGAAAAAAACUGUACUGUGCCUGGAAAAGGUCAGAGCACACUAAGACACACCUAUAUUUUUAAAAGCACGUAAGAUUUAUCAUUUGACUUGUAAAAGGUCAUCCUUGUACCCUAUACACAACAAUCAGUUACAUUCUAGUCCAGAACUCUGAAAUGCCAAGGAACGGUCGACGUAAGUCACACAGUCCGUUAACAACCCAACCAAUCAACACAACCAAGGUGUAUACGGAACCAAUAGAAUUAGAAAACAUUCUAAUUAUACGGCAGAAUCUUCAUUGCAUUCUACGACCACAGUGCAUGGCCAGGAAGGCUAUACAGAAGCAAACAGAAGGACACUGUCUGUCAUACUGUCUGUCUGUAUCUCUGUCAUACUGUAUGUCUGUCUGUCUGUAUCUCUGUCAUACAGUCUGUCUGUCUGUCUGUCUGUCUGUCUGUCUGUCUGUCUGUCUGUCUGUCUGUCUGUCUGUCUGCAUCUCUGUCAUACUGUCUGUCAAACUGUCUGUCUGUCAUACUGUCUGUCUGUCAAUCAUUGACUGCUCCAGAUACAAUGCUAUUCUGCUCUAUGUGGUCGUAAUGAUUUACUGUCACAGUGUGAGUCAGAUAAUAUCAUUAUAUAAUAAUAUAAUACAUGGAGACAUAUGAAACAGCUAAUAGCAGUCUCCUCCUGCAGUAGUUCUAAGACUAAGACAUACUGUAUCUAUGAUGAAUGAGGUCCUUCACUGGCCAUAAUACACACACACACACCAUAACAAGCACGCACACACACACACACACACACACACACACACACACACACACACACACACACACACACACACACACACACACACACACACACACACACACACACACACACACACACACACACACACACACACACACACACACACACACACACACACACACACACACACACAGUAUCUGUUUAAUUAUCUCACUCCUCUUUCCUAUUUCCUCUUCUCUCUCUCUCUCCCUCCCCCAUCUCAUCCCCAUGCCCACCUCUCCUGUGUUAAUGUGUUGUUGAUGUCCAGAAGGAUACACAGUGUACUACACGGCUUUAAUCUGUUCCCCUGUACCUGCUGUAAUCAGCAGCCAGCAUCCAUCUCUGACGAGGCGUGAAUGGGUUCUGUGUGUGCGUGCGUGUGCGUGUGCGUACGUGCGUGUGCGUACGUGCGUGUCAUUAGUGGUUCUGGCCCAAAAAAUGCUGUUACUGUUUCGCUGUUGCGAGUAAUGAAUCGUCUCUCUAAGGUGCCUCUCUGAUUAGUGUACAAUCUUCAUUUGUUGUGUGUGUGUGUGUGUGUGUGUGUGUGUGUGUGUGUGUGUGUGUGUGUGUGUGUGUGUGUGUGUGUGUGUGUUUCUGCACGUAUGUCUCUCUCCCACAGGAAAAGAUAGAGUCGGGUACAAAGAAUCGAGACAUAGAAGGCAUGGGAGUAGCAGAGAUCAAGUAUGGGGACUCAGCCUGCUUCGUGAUGCAUGUGGCUACAGGGCUGUGGCUGUCCUACCAGGCGCCUGAUGCUAAAGCCUCCCGUAUAGGACCCCUGAAGAGAAUGGUGGGUUAUUAUACAUGUUCACUGCUCUGA